GCAGAUCCUUGGCUCCAAGGGUGAAUCCCUCUGGUAGAAUGGCGCGCUUCACCGUCUGGGACUAUGUGGUAUUUGCGGCCAUGCUGCUGAUCUCAGCCGUCAUUGGGGUCUACUACGCCUUCGUGGGAGGGGGGCAGAAGACAUCAAAGGACUUCCUCACGGCAGGCCGCAGCAUGAGUGCCCUCCCGGUUGCACUGUCCCUCACUGCCAGCUUCAUGUCAGCCGUCACCGUGCUGGGCACCCCUGCCGAAAUCUAUCGCUAUGGUGCCAUCUUCUGCGUCUUUGCCAUCACCUACUGCCUGGUGGUGCUGUGCAGUGCCGAGAUCUUCCUGCCCGUCUUCUACAGGCUGGGCAUUACCAGCACCUAUGAGUAUUUAGAACUUCGAUUUAAUAAAUAUCUACGCCUCUGUGGAACGGUCCUCUUCAUUAUACAAACGACUUUAUACACUGGUAUUGUCAUUUAUGCUCCAGCUUUAGCACUAAAUCAAGUCACUGGUUUCGACUUGUGGGGUGCAGUGGUGGCGACUGGCGUGGUCUGCACUUUCUACUGCACGCUGGGCGGUCUGAAGGCAGUGGUGUGGACAGACGUUUUCCAGGUUGGAAUCAUGGUUGCUGGAUUUUCAUCUGUGAUUAUACGAGCUGUGGUGGUUCAGGAGGGAAUUGGACGCAUUGUAAAUGAUUCCUACCAUGGUGGAAGAUUAAACUUCUGGGACUUUGAUCCCAAUCCUUUGCAAAGGCACACCUUCUGGACAAUUGUUAUAGGUGGGACUUUCACGUGGACAGGUAUAUAUGGGGUCAACCAGUCUCAAGUCCAGAGAUACAUUGCAUGCAAAAGCAGAUUCCACGCAAAAUUGUCCCUCUACAUCAACCUGUUGGGACUCUGGGCAAUAAUGGCCUGUGCCGCACUGUGUGGGCUGGCCCUCUACUCCAUCUACAAAGACUGUGACCCAUGGACAGCCAAGCAGGUGUCGGCACUCGACCAGCUAAUGCCAUACCUGGUGCUGGAUAUCCUGCGCGAUUUUCCAGGAGUGCCGGGGCUUUUUGUGGCUAGUGCCUACAGUGGGACAUUAAGUACGGUGUCCUCCAGCAUCAAUGCUCUGGCUGCCGUGACUGUUGAAGACCUCAUCAAGCCCUACUUCAGAUCGCUCUCUGAAAAGAAGUUGUCAUGGAUUUCCAUGGGGAUGAGCCUGUUUUACGGUGGAGUCUGCAUUGCUAUGGCUGCGGUGGCAUCUCUCCUGGGAGCCUUGUUGCAGGCAGCACUCAGCAUUUUUGGCAUGGUCGGUGGCCCCCUUUUAGGAUUGUUUGCCUUGGGAAUCCUCUGCUCCUUUGCAAAUGGAAUUGGUGCAUUUGUGGGUCUUGUCAGUGGCUUCGCUAUUUCACUUUGGGUCGGAAUUGGAUCUCAGAUUUAUCCUCCACUCCCAGAGAGGACCAAGCCACUAUAUCUCUCAACUGCAGGCUGUAAUAUAUCUUCAGGAAAUAUAACAUCAACAGAAAUUCCAUUAACAACAAUAUUCAGCACACCAACUGCAGAGAGGCCUGCCCUGGCAGACAACUGGUAUUCCUUGUCUUACCUCUACUUCAGCACACUUGGGACACUUAUCACAGUAGUUGUGGGAAUAAUUAUCAGCCUCCUAACAGGAGGACUAAAGCAGAACACAGAUCGUAAAUUCCUGCUGACCAAGGAAGAUUUCCUGUCCAACUUCUCCAUAUAUAAUUCAGAGACACCAGAGAAUGUGGAAGUGUUGAACUGUAAACCAUUUACCAUGGCAGACGAAGGAACUGAUAAUCCUGCUUUCAGCCACAUUGAAAUGGAUGUUGCAAGUGAUAAGAACAAAGUCAAUGGUCUUCAUAUGUGACACAAGGCAACGUCAGCCCACGAAGACAGUUUUCCUCAUGCAAAGCACUGUUGACAUUCCUGUUCUGGGUCGGUUACCAGCUCUGCUUGGGUCAUGGGCAGGCAUCUGCAGAGCUUUGUGGCACCGUUGCCCUGGUAUGACCUUGACAUUAGUCAAGAAAGGAAUCAGGUCUUUCUUGUACUUCCUCACUCUCUCACUCUGGAUCUUGGUGACAGGGUUUAAGGCAAUGUUUCUAUGUGAAAUAUUUGCCAGAUAUUCUUGAGCCUCCUGGAAAAUACCUGCUUUCAAUCUCAUUUCACCCUCAGAGUAAAUUUUUUGUUUGGGAAGAGUACUAUUCCCCCAGACAUGGCUGUUUUUCUGGUUUGUGUUUUUCUUUUGUCUUUUAAGGCAUUGAAAGUAUUAAGAGAUUAGGGUUGUGGGACUAUCAGAUUGCAGGAAACAAGUGUUCUUUUUUUUUGGUACGGGAGCUGUAUUUAAUGCCAUCUGGUUACUUUGUAGAACUGAUCCUGAGAGUGUAUUUAUUUUGCUGGUUUCAUCAUCUGUUUGUUUUUAUUAAGCCACUUGUUCCUUGGUUACCUGCAUCUCCUCCUCUGUGCUCACUGCUGGAAGAUACAAUAGUGACUUUGUUGAUGGGUAGAGGCAAGAGUCAGUACUGUCGUCCCCUUCACAGUCCAUCUCCCUCUUCUGCCCUAUCUUGCCCUUACAGAGCUUGUGCUUAUGAAGGAAAUGAGUUAUUGGGAUUUUUAUUCAAUACGGUAGAGUAGAACCACUGUAUUCUUCUACUUCAUGCCCAAUGUGCCAUCCUAGGAUUGCUCUUGCUCUGGACUGGGCAUAGUGUGGCAGAGAUGUUAAUAAAGAAGAGGGCCCUUUUGGCUGUACUGGACAAGAGGGAAGGCUGCAUCUGCGGUUGCCACUGCUGUUAUCUCCAGAACUGUGAGCUGAAACUUCACGUACUCAUUUGUAUUCAGGCAGUCCUUGUAUCUCUGGGGAUUCACGUUCAAGGUCGGUUCAGGCAAGAGCACGCUGUGUGUUUUGGCAGGCAGGCAAAGCCAUCUGCAGGACAGGGGAGGGAUCACAGAGGAUGUCAUUUGGUGAAGGCUUCUCCAGGGCUGCAGGCCAUGGAAUGGCUUGUGAUCUGGUUGGACUGCCAAGAGAAGCUGAACAGCUUCUGUGCACAGACCCUGCACUGUGCUGGUGUUUUGGGAGGGUGAAAGCCCCCACUACUUCCUUCUCCUGCACACUCUUUGGUACAGCAGGGAAUAGAUUCUGACCCACUGUGUUGGUUUUGUACUUCAGACUUUUACUAUGGGUACACAAGAAUGUUUAAAACUUCUCUACAUCAGCAGAAUCAAGUUGGAAAAUAAAAGCCAUUGUGGGAAAGUUGAGCAGUCAUGCUUGAGAAUCAAGUGAAAAACUGAUAACUGAUGGCAUGUCUUAAAUGCUUUCUAAAAGUUAUGCUGCAUUUGUGCCAAGUACUGAACUGCUUUAACUUGGAAUAUGAUGCAGUGCUAGCUUAUCUACCUUGACUGGGACCCUUUAGCAUCUAAAUCAAAUUUUUUCUGUGCCCCUGUGACAGAGGGCAUUUUAUGAUCUACUGCGUAAGAUGAACUAUCAGGAUCAGAAAAUAUGAGGAUGAAAAAAUGGGCUCCAAGGACCAGACCUCUACUAGAGGAGAACAGGGCACUGUGUGGAUGUCACCAAGGACAUGACUCCCUUGGCUAACCCAGCACAAAACUAUGAGACUGGGGCAGGUUUCCCCUUUGCCUCCUGAAGCACUGGUUUGCAUGAUCUAAUCCAGAGUUUAGGACCCUUGUCUCACAUUCCUCUGCUGCAGCUCUGUGUUCAGGUCAUUGCCUAAAGCUGCUGUGUGGAAGGGGUAUGAGUGAAGAGAUACAUCUCAUGAGUUAUGUCUUGUGUCCCUAUAUCUAGGAUCUGAGACAAACAAUAGCUUCCUGAAUAAAGUGUCCUGAGAUUCGCGACAGGAAUCUCUCUGUUCUGAGACUAUCCUAGUCACUCUGAGACAAUUAGCCCAUUGACUGAAUGAGCUGGAUAUGCUUCUAGAGUCUCAGAAGAUAACUGCCUUAUCUUGUUCAGCCUUGUACCUUGUCUUCAUGACAGAGAAAUAGAUAUGGCAUUCUGUGGUACGGAAUAGUUCUUGAGCCUUGGAAUAUAAAAAUUUUUAUUUACCAGGUACUUUCAGCCCACAGAUCUGAAAAAGGGUAAGUACUGGUAUCUCCAUGCUGUUGCAGAGUGCCGAAGUGGACCAGUGUGCCUCUUGUGUACCUGUGCUUUGUGAGAGAGAGUAAAGCUGUGAACAGAGAACAGAAGCCUGCAGCAAGCACUUGACCUGUGUGCCUGCUGGUAUGGCAACAGCCUUCCCAACACAGAUGCUGAAUUCCCAUCUGAAUAUGCUUCUCCUGAGGCUGACUGGUCACUCCCGUGUUAAACAGCAUCAGCAUGUCCUUUCUGCACCACUCUGUGCUGAGAUCACUGUGCUGUAGUUGAUGCUGCCUUAAGCUAUCUUAGAUCAUCUGUAACUUCUACCUGUUUUGUUCAUGAAGACUAAUCUUCCUGGUUAUCAUAGUUAAAAAAUGUAGCAACAUAGAGUUUUCUUCUCAGUGUUUCCAUACUUGUUUAAAAGUUCCCAUACUUGUUUAUAAAAGAGAAAACACAUAAAUUACCAUCUUACCUCCCCUUUGUUGCUUGAAGUCACUAUUUGAGCACUGAGCAGUCAUUUAACUCUAAUUUUGGUAUUAAGUGAAAGUUUGGGCUAGGUAGUAUCUAUCAGUCCACAAUCAUAACAUAAAGAUAAGUUUUCACUGGGAAGAAUAUCUUGCUGUAAGUGGUUUAGAGACAAACAUCCUUAAGCUUUGCAGAUGACCUCUGCAACUACUCUGUUUCUUGCUAACUAAUCUCCCAUGACUGCUGCAGAGCUACAAAGUGACUCUGCUUUAAUUUUUUUCUAUCUGCUUCUUGUUUUAAUUGGCAUCAUUCAUUAAAGCAAUUCAUUAAUUUUGAAUAGUAUUUUCUCUGGGAUCAUAUACUGUCCUCUGCUAGCUGGACUCUGAGCCAGGGCCUUCCUUGUCUAUGUAAAAGAAGCAAGAUAAUUUUUGAAGUCUCCAUCCCACUCCUGCACCCCGAUCUUUAAUCGCUUCCAGCUAAAAGCUUACCUGACAAAGAUAUGUGGGUUACUCAAAACUAAUUAAUUCUGUGGGAGCAGUCCACACUGUCCAAAUCACACGCAGCAUCAGACCCACAAGACAAAACAAGGAGGAACCUGUUUAAGUAGAAAUAUUAAAAAAAACCCCAACAACCCUAACAGGAACAAUAUUUGACUAUGUGAAUACACAACAGAUUCACUGAGAGAAAGCACUGGUAGGUUUUGGCUCUUUUAGGGCU